UUAACGACCCCGGAGGAGGAGGGGGGGGGGCUGUCCUUGGACACCCAGUUCCCCAAAGGGCGUGGGAGCAGAGUUCAUUGUCCUGAUCUAGGCUCAGCGGUGGAAAGUCUCUGGGCUCAGAAGUGGGCGUGGGGAAAGCAGGACGGUGUAGCCUUGGGGACCCACUCGCCCCCCAAAUUCAGUGGGAGCCGCGUUCACCAGCCCGAUGAAACUGAAAGGGGCCGAGCAAGGAGAACUAGCUGCUAGGGUGUUGCCGAGCCGCUCAGUCCGACUUGUGCACAGGAGGUAGGUGGAGUCAGGGAGGGAGUAGCAGCUCCAUCUAUGCAGCUCCCCCACCCCAAGGAAUCACCCCCUACAGAGGCGAUCAGGGGAAGGGGUGGGGGGCUCCUUCCACCCGCCUCGGGAGGGUCCUGCAGCCUAUGCGGACAGCGCUGGGUACUGGCCGUGGGGGCGGCCAAAUAAGCCCGGGGGGAGCCCAAGUUGUGCAUUGCAGCUUUAAAGGGGCUGGUGAUUGACAGGGCAUGUAGCAGUGGAUGGGGUGGAGCCGCUGGGUGGGGUCAGGGACAGGCAGCUGGUGAAAACGAAAAGGGAGAGAGGGGGAAAAAAACAACAUUGCCCCCCCACCCCCGCCCCUGCCAUCAGCAAACACAAGGCGAGGAAGAGGAGAGGGGGAAGAGGAGGAAGGUUGAGUGGGAGCAGAGCCUUUCCAAGAAGCCCAGAGCCCUCCCCCACCCACCUACUCCACCCUCCCCUCCCUCCAGCACAGCUAAGCACCCAGAGCUCGCCCCGUGCCUGCCCGAGCCCAGGGGGAGGCAGAGGGAGGACCCCCCCGGAGCACGCCCAGGGGGGACAGGAGGAGAUGCACUCCGAGGAGCAGAAAGAGAAAGCUGCAGGCUCAGUCCAGAGUAAGGUGCUGCCCAAGAUGAGCUCCUCGUCGCUGCUGGAGGAUAGCUCCAUAGAGCCCCCGGUGCUGCUGACUGACAUCAAGACAGAGCCCCCCGAAGAGCUGCUGGCCAGUGACUGCAACCAGCCCCAGGCCGAGCCAGUGGACCUGUCACUCAACAAGCCCAAGGUGUCGCUGCAGUCCUCCACCCUGCUGCCCUCCUCCAUCAGGUCCUCACCCAUGCUGGUGGCGCCGCCCAUCCAGGCCCCCGUGGUCUCCAUGUCGCCCACGGGGCUGGGCUCUUCGUCCGCCAUCCCCGCUGUGCUGUCCCCUGGCUCCAUCCUGGCCUCCACGCAGGGCAGCGGGGGCCAGCAGAUCCUGCAUGUCAUCCACACAAUCCCCUCGGUCAACCUGCCCAGCAAGAUGGGCAACUUGCAGACCAUCCCAGUGGUGGUGCAGUCCCUGCCCGUGGUCUACACCACGAUGCCCACAGACGGGGUCACCGCCGCCAUCACCGUGCCCCUCAUCGGCGGCGAUGGCAAGAAUGCCGGAUCCGUGAAAAUUGACCCCAGCUCCAUGUACCCUCUGGAGAUGAACAGCGACAGCGAGGACAGCGUCACAGAGAGCAGCUCAGCCCCCUUCCAGGACCUGCAAAGAGAGUCGCGGUCACCUGUGGCCCGGAUGCAGCGGGCCGAGUCCCCCGACUUGAAGAAGAGGCGGAUUCACCAGUGUGACUUCGAGGGCUGCAACAAGGUGUACACGAAAAGCUCCCACCUCAAAGCACACAGGAGGAUACAUACAGGAGAGAAGCCGUACAAAUGCACCUGGGAAGGCUGCACCUGGAAGUUUGCCCGCUCCGACGAGCUCACCCGGCAUUUCCGCAAGCACACAGGCAUCAAGCCCUUCCGCUGCUCGGACUGUGACCGCAGCUUCUCACGCUCGGACCACCUGGCCCUGCACCGCCGGCGGCACAUCAUGAUGUGAGGGGGGAGCUCCGGCUCCUCCACCGCCCCGCCCACCCCCGCCUCACCGGCCAUGGCGAAGAGACUGCGAGACGGGAGGCACCGUCCCCAGCUUGAUUCAGCCUGGCAGCAGGCUGGAUGCCAGCUUGGCACCUGUGGCUGCCCACACCUGAGAAAGCAGACCUCCUACCAUGCACACGAGGGCUAGAAUGAGGCUCUGGAGAGAAGCCUGCUCCCUCUCUUCUGUUCUCCUCCCGUUCCUUCAGUGGCUGGAAAGCCCCGGGAUUCCUUGAAAUGGCACCCAGCUCCUCAUCUAGCUUCGAUUUUUUUGCACAUUGCCUCCCCCUCCUGGGUCAGGAAACACAGUGGACGUCCGGCUCGUGUGAGCACAGCGCCAGCUUGUCCCAGCGCGACCCUGGCCUUGGCAAGCGAAUCAGACUGGCCAGACAGCGUCGCUGCUGGCAGAAGGCUGCUGCUGGGGGUUGGAUUGGGGGUUUGGCUCACGGCUAGGGGCUGGCUGUCUCCUACCAACGGGCUGAUGCAAUAGGACUCCGUUCUGGUGAAGCUGGCACUGCCGCCUCUCCUGUUCCACGACACGUCAAACAUGGCUUGUCCUAGCUGGUCCGUUGGACUCCCCGAGCUCCCGAGGCACUGCUGGCAUUGGAGAACCCGCCUGGCCUUGGCUUGAUCUCUCUCUUUUAUGAACACUUGGGUAAUUGGCUGUUAAUGAAGAGGCCUCAUUGCGUGAGGACAAGGGGUUCGUGGUGUUACCUGAGGAGGGGGGACCCGAGGAACAAAGAAAAGGGAAAACUUUGCGGAACACGGAACUGUGAUGAUUUUAUCUGAUUUUAGGGGUGGGUGGGUUGGGGACCCUGAAUUCUGCCCAUGCUGCAGGGCCAAGGAAUAGGACUGUAGAUGCGUUUCUAACUUUAAACCUAGCAGCCUGGACACGGACUGUUGCAUUUUUCUAUUGCUCGUCUGGCCUGCAGAGGCUGAGCUGGCACCGCCCUGUGCUCUUGGUGGACUCAUGGGGCUUUGUACUGGAUCGUUUUUGGACUUGAUCUUGGGCUGCGGGGCUGGCAAUACGUCCAUGCACAGUUGAUUUUUUUUUUUUUUUUAAGAAUUGCUUUUCCCCUUCCCUUCUGCAGGGGCGGAGCUAAGAACCUGAUGCCUUUCCAGAUGCUCCUUUUUGUGUCUGCAUCUUUCUCUCUGAUGGAUUUGAGUUUGGCAAAUGCAGGGAUGGAGUGCGCCUGCCAGACAGCAUCUGUGCUGCCCUCGGGAGAGCGGGCGAGUGCAGUGGCUGGAAUUGGUGAGGGGAGGGAGCCGGGAAGGAGAAGAUCGUCAAGAUGAGGCAAACUGGAUCCUCGUUCUGCCACCAGCCUGGGCUUGGGCUGUGGUGUUCCAGCUAAAGCCAAGAGGCUGCCAGCAGUCCUGGUAUUGACACAAUGUAUAUGCUGAAGGGGAGAGACUGGGGAGUCCCGUUAAAUGUUUGCUGCCCCUGGCUCGGCUUAUCACAUUGUUUCCCCUUUGCUCCCCAGUCCAGCUCAGCACUGAGUUCAUGUAGGCCCCCCCCCAACUGCAUUUCACUGAGCAGAUUCUCUUUCUUCCUUGCGUCCCUUUCAUUUAAGAAGGCUCUUGAUCCAUAGAUGCUGACUCUGUGGGUGUUCCAGGGCUCAAGCACCCACUGAAAAAAAUAGGGGGUGCCCAGUAGCUGCAGGUCCUGAUUAAUCUUUUAUGGGCCCUGGCGCCUGGACCAUGGCCCUGCCUGUGCUCCACCCCUGCUCCGCCCUGAGGCCCCGCCCUCGCUUGGCCUCUUUCCCCCCCCCCCCCCCCCGAAGCCCUGCCUGCCACUCGCAUGGGAGGGAGGGGGCGGAGAGGAGCACCCACUCACAAAAACAAAAGUCAAUGCCUGUGUUUUGAUCAACUCGCCACCCACUGCAGCUCCUUCACGCCUCAGUGGAACCUGGAGCCAGUCCAUAGCAGGGGAGAAAGAGGCAUGUGGCCGUUAUCUGCCUGUGGGUUGUGCAGCGAGAUCCCAAGUCCUGUCUCUGACGCAGGCCAGCCCCCCUAUGAAAUGAUCUCCCUAGGCAUUGCCCCUUCCUCCAAGGGCGUGAACAAGUCCUCCUGCAUGAGGGCAAAUCCCACGGCCUGCUGCGCUUUCCAGAGCUUGAAGCUGCAGGAUGAUUGUUUUGGGUGAGGUUCCAGAUGGGCUGGUAUUUGAAAUUCCAUUUGGGUCACUUUGCAGCUGGCAGCUCCGUGGGGAAGUAAAUUUAUUUUAUCCAAACUUCAAUCCUCAGCCUACCAGGAACACAGAUCUGCCUGGACUUUUCCCAUCCCCCACACUCUUGUUACCUGGGUGGCCUCAGUGUUGCCAACUCUGGCUGUUUUUGGUGUUUUUCUUAAAGCUGCAGGUCCUGGACUCAAGUGACUAUCUCGGCUUUCAUUGAAAAGCAAAGUUUUUCCUAUCUUCCCGGUUGUGGAGCAAACUUUGAACAUGUGACCUCUAAAGGCUCAGAGAGAAAAAAGCCUCCCCCCCUCCUCCCCCCAAAAAACCUGUUUUAUAAAAAUCUCAUGAUUUUUAAAUCAAUCUCAUGAAUUUUUAUGGGAAAGGGGAUUUGACUCAUGAUUUUUGAACGCUCAGGGUUGACAAUACUGAGAUGAGAUCUGGGAAGCUGACAGGCCGUGUGUUUUGAUUUAAGCAAAACACACACAUGCACACACGCAACAGAGCACAACAAGAAAGCGAGGAGGGCAAGAGAUGUCAAACGGAACAUUAGCUCCCCUCUGUCUGAGCAGGGCAGGCUUUGCUUUGGGAUUUUUACCAUGAAAUUUUAAAAUCUUGAGCUGUGAGAUAUUUGUACAAAACUGUUUGAUGUUUUUCUACAUGGGAAUAAUAUGGAAAGUAGAUGCAUUUUA